AUGUCUGACAAACCCAAUAUGGCUGAGAUUGGGAAAUUCAAUUAGAUGAAAUUGGAGAAGACAGAAACUCAAGAAAAAAAUUCACUGCCUUUCAAAGAAACGAUGGAACUGGAGCAGCAAGCAGGGGAACCGUAA